ACCGUUGUUGAGAAAGGUUGAGGGUGACGCAACCGACGCUAGGAGUUCGGAAGAACAGUCUAGAACAACGUUAGGUUAGGCUGAAAUAUAAAAUAAACAUGCCACGAGUUUACAUUGGACGCCUAAGUCAUCACGUCCGCGAAAAGGACAUUCAGCGAUUUUUCAGCGGAUAUGGAAAACUAAUGGAAAUUGAUUUGAAAAAUGGCUAUGGAUUCGUGGAGUUUGAGGACAACCGGGAUGCCGACGAUGCCGUGUACGAGCUAAACGGAAAGGAGCUGUGCGGAGAGCGGGUGAUCGUCGAGCAUGCCCAGGGCCCACGGCGAGACCGAGACAGCUACGGUGGGGGUUACUGGGGUGGAGGGCGCAGUAGUGGUUACAGCAGCAGGAGCCGCCCCGGAAGGGACAAGUAUGGACCUCCAGUCCGUACAGAGUACCGUCUCAUUGUGGAAAACUUGUCGAGCCGCUGCAGUUGGCAGGACCUCAAGGACUUCAUGCGGCAGGCAGGCGAGGUGACUUACGCAGACGCCCACAAGGAACGGACCAAUGAGGGAGUAAUUGAGUUCCGGACCCACUCUGACAUGAAAAAGGCUAUUGACAAGUUAGACGGCACAGACAUCAAUGGGCGCAAAAUUCGGUUGGUGGAGGAUAGACCCCGCAAACGAAGGUCUUACUCUGGGAGCCGCUCCAGGUCUCGAAGUCGCCGCCGCUCCCAUAGCAGAAGCCACAGGAGCUCAAGGAGUCGUUCCAGAUCUCACUCCAGAUCUCGUUCCCAAAGCAACAAGAGACGGCACCAUUCUCACUCCAAGUCUCGUUCCAAGUCAGGAGAACGCAAGUCACGCUCUCGCACCCAUAGAUCUCAGUCUGGGUCCCACAAGUCCAAAUCUCGGUCACGGUCACAGAAAUCCCGUUCCCAUUCUGCUGAUCGCAAAUCAAAGUCCCGUUCUAGGAGCCGCUCUAAAGUAAAGUCGGAGCGGGAUUCUCGAAGCAGAUCCAAGGAGAUGGAUGUGGGUGUUGACAACAAGAAGUCCCGCAGCCGUUCCGCUUCUCCUGUUGAGAAUGGAAAAGAGGAGUGUGCUGCCAAAUCAGCUUCCCGCUCCCCGUCCCCACAGGAAGAACGUCGUUCUAAAUCCAGAGAGAAACGUUCAGCAUCCCGCUCAAUCUCCCGCUCAAGGUCCCGUUCACGAUCUAGAUCAGCCUCUCAGGAUUAGAUAUGGAAAACACGUUUUGUUUUUAGUUUUAUUAUAAUGCUGUAAAUAAUGAGCAGCGUUGCAGGCUUCUGCUUCCUUACUUUGUUUCUCUUCUUCUAGAGUAUCCCGUUUUGACAUGUCAUCAAUAAAUGCACAUUUUCAGGGCUAUGGUUUUGCAAUUGGUAUUAAGAGCUGCUUCUGAAGAAGAUGUCUCCUAAUUUCUGAACAGUCUUCCGGUAAAGACUUUGUUUCCUUUCUCUCAAAUUUCAACCUUUUUCUUUUUAAAACUUGUUUUCAUUAAAAUCCUUUUUUUUUUUUUUUUUUGGCUUUGUAAGAGAGGUUUAAGUGCUUUUUGGUUGCUGCUAUCAAUUUGCUUGUGGUACACUAUUUGCCAUCAUUCUUGCUUUCCCCAGAUUAUCAUGUAGUGCAUAAUUUGAUUCAAAUACAUUUGUUUUGUACCCAAGAGCAGAGUUGUGUGUGAAGUAUUUGAUAUUGAUGCAGUUUUUCUCUUGAUCAUUUCUUUUUCAACCUUUCUUUUGGAGGAUGCAAGAACCUUGUCGUUAAACAUAACUGCAUGGGAAGAGUUUCUUACAUUUGAACAACUUGCAUUGUAGUUGGCUUAGUUGUGGUCUUUUUUUUAAUAAAGUGUACAUAUGCUGUGCUUUAACAAAUGCUUUUUGCAUUUCCACUAAAUUCUUAGAUAAAUUGAGGCAAUGGUUAAUUUAAAUGCUAGUAGACAUCAAUGCCUAAUUUGCAGUGUCACAUUUUCCUCAACGUCCAGGUUAAUUUAGAUAUUUUUUUUUCUUUGCUUUUCAUAUUUGUGCUCUUUAGUUUUUUCCCCAGGUUUAAAGUAUUCUCAUACUGGACCUCUUGCAUUCGCAACUGGAUUCAGAUGGUCUGCAUUCUCUAGAAAGACGAGCUGAAUGCAGCAUCUUUGUCUUGUCCAACAGAUUAUUUUUGCUCCCUAUGAUUAAGAUAAAAAUGAUUGUUUUGUUAAUUGUAUGUUCAAUUAAAGAUCUUAAUAAAAUAAA